AGGAGGCGACUAUGGCGCAGACGCUGCAGAUGGAGAUCCCCAACUUCGGCAACAGCAUCCUGGAGUGCCUGAACGAGCAGCGCCUGCAGGGGCUGUACUGCGACGUCUCGGUGGUGGUGAAAGGCCACGCCUUCAAGGCUCACCGGGCCGUCCUGGCGGCCAGUAGCUCCUACUUCCGGGACCUUUUCAACAACAGCAAGAGCGCGGUGGUGGAGCUGCCGGCGGCUGUGCAGCCCCAGUCCUUCCAGCAGAUCCUCAGCUUCUGCUACACGGGCCGGCUGAGCAUGAACGUGGGAGACCAGUUCCUGCUGAUGUACACGGCCGGCUUCCUCCAGAUCCAGGAGAUCAUGGAGAAAGGGACUGAGUUCUUCCUGAAGGUCAGCUCCCCCAGCUGCGACUCCCAGGGCCUGCACGCCGAGGAGACCCCUUCCUCCGAGCCCCAGAGCCCCGUGGCCCAGACCUCCACCUGGCCCUCCUGUAACACCCCCUUGCCCCUGGUGUCCCGCGUCAAGACAGAGCAGCAGGAGUCGGACUCCGUCCAGUGCACUUUCGUGGUCAAGCGGCUCUGGGACAACGGCCAGAAGGAGGGAGGAGGCGGCGGAGGUGGGGGAGGAGGCAACAACGGGAGCCGCAAAAUGGCCAAGUUCUCCACGCAGGACCUAGGAGGCAGCCGGCAGCAGCAGCAGCAGGGAGCGCAAGCAGGAGGAGGAGGCGGGUCCGGCGUGGUUAGCGGGCCCAGCACGUCCGACCAGACCAGCCCCGGCACGUCCAGCGCCUACACGAGCGACAGCCCAAGCUCCUAUCACAACGAGGAGGAUGAAGAGGAGGACGCGGCCGAGGAAGGCUCCGAUGAGCAGUACCGGCAGAUCUGCAACAUGUACACGAUGUACAGCAUGAUGAAUGUAGGGCAGACAGCAGCAGCAGCAGCCGCAGAGAAGGUGGAAGCCCUGCCCGACCAGGUGGCCUCUGAGUCUCGCAACCGGAUCCGGGUGCGGCAGGACCUGGCGUCGCUGCCGGCCGAGCUCAUCAACCAGAUCGGGAACCGGUGUCACCCCAAGCUGUACGACGAGGGCGACCCUGCUGAGAAGCUGGAGCUGGUGACAGGCACGAACGUGUACAUCACCCGGGCGCAGCUGAUGAACUGCCACGUCAGCGCCGGGACGCGGCACAAAGUGCUUCUGAGGCGGCUUCUGGCCUCCUUUUUCGAUCGGAACACUCUGGCAAACAGCUGUGGCACCGGCAUCCGCUCGUCCACCAACGACCCUAGCCGGAAGCCGCUGGACAGCAGGGUCCUGCAUGCCGUGAAGUUCUACUGCCAGAACUUCGCCCCCAACUUCAAAGAGAGCGAGAUGAACGCCAUCGCCGCCGACAUGUGCACGAACGCCCGGCGCGUGGUCCGUAAGAGCUGGAUCCCCAAGCUGAAGCUGCUGAUGGCAGAAGGGGACACCUACACCACGUUCAUCAACGACACUGGGAAGAUGGAGCCGGACAUCAUGGGAGUGGAGCACAACUUUGAGACAGGCAGUCACGACGGGGAUGCAGGGACCUCGGCCGAGAGCCUCCAGUAAAAACCGCUUCCUCCCUUUAGCCCUUUCCAUUCACUGAUUUAUUUUAUUUUAAUUUCUUAAGUUGAUUAUUUUUAGCGUCCCACGUUGAUUUGAUUUUAAUGUGUUUUUUGUUUUUUGUUUUCGGUUUGCCAGGGGGAAAAAAAAGUUGCACCGUCUCUUUAAAAAACCAAAAUCAUCCUCGGUUCCUAAUGCAGUGUGGGUAAUGAGAGAGGGGUCGGUGGCAUGGGCAGUUUUGAUCUCACGCUGUUCUUCCCGGGCGGGCGGAUGUUUUUGUGGGUAGCCUUGUGAGUCAAAUCGGGGAAUUCCCCCCCUUCCUCCCCUUCGCGUUGUGCAGGAUCCAUGCUUUUAAUGAGCUCUCUUUAAAUAGAUCUGUAAAUAAUUGAUUACGCUUUAUAUGCAGGUUCUGUUUAUAGGUGGUUUGCAAAGGGGCAAUAAAUGAUGGAUCAUAUCUCAAGCAUAUCAAAGACAGGAGCGGAGGAUGUGUGGCAGCUGGGUCUAAGCUGCCCAUUGGAUUCGAUAACCAUCCCUGAGAACGGAUUAACCAUGCAUUCAAGCCGUCAUUAACCCCGUGCAAACCGCUUACGAAUGGAGCCUUCGUACAAAGUGUGACCGGAUGAUUUUUACAGGAAAAUAAAAAUCCAAAUGAAGACCCUGAUUUCUAAAAAGCAUCUGUUCAAGACAGCAUGUAAGCAUGCGCUUAACUUUAAGCACCUCUUUAAGUUCCUCUUGAAUUCAGUCAAAAUGGGCCUUUGACCUUAUUCAUCUUGUGCCAAAGUCCCGCUGUUUUCUUUCAUCCAUCCGCGUGUUGCAGUGAUGAGGGUGGAGAUAAAGGAUGGGUCUUAACGUGUGCGUCUCUGAAUGGGGGCUUUUUUUUUUAAAGCAAGUGACAGAGCAACGCUUCUGGCUGUGAUGUCUUUUCACAUUGUGUCUACACUGGAUUUUUUCUUCUUUCCCCUUCCCACCACGUAGUGUCAGGUCCGAGUGCAGCGACUCACAAGUGACUAUGGGGAUUUGAACCCUCCGCGGAGCCAACCCAAUUUCCUGUUGCUUUGUCUCCCUCGAGUGGCCAGGCUGCAUGUAAAGGUUUGAAUCCUCGAAUGGGCCACAUCUUUUCGCUCACCCGGUCCCAGUUUUGGCUUUUUUUGCCACAAGUCUGAGAUUCAGUCCCCAGCCAAGGGGUGUCGGGUUACGCUAACUUGAAAUUCGAGAUCAGCGGCAGAGCUGGGUGAAAAGUGUUGGCCGAGAUUUCUUUUGGCUGAAAAAGGCAGAUUCGCCGCCGAACCGGGGCAGUUUCACCCAAUUGUUUUGGCCCAACCCGUCCCCCGAAACGUUUUGUUUUGACAUUUUCCAAUUAUUUCAAUGUUUCAACAUAACGUGUGGUUUAGAAAUGACCUUCAAUUUUAUUUUAGAAAUACCAUUACAAAAAUGCUCCAAAACAAAACGU